AUGUCUCACUGGAACAAUAAACCUGGCUGCGAUCUUAUCUUUCUCGUUAGUUUAUUUCGCCUCUCAAUCACUUUGUUUUCCUGCUCAUCAAUUUUCUUUUUUCUUUUUCGCUUUCUUCUUUCCUUCCUUAUUUCUUUCGUUUUUCCUUGCUUACAUAUUAUUUACGAUUCAUUUCUUUCUUUCUUUCUUUCUUUCUUUCUUUCUUUCUUUCAGAUUUACUUUCUUGCAAUUUGCUUUUUAUUUCCUUCUUCCUUUCUUUUUCUUUUUUGCUUCCUUCUUUCUUUCUUUCGUUUUCCUUGCUUAUAUUAUAUUUACGCCUCCUUUCAUAUUUUUUUUUACUUCCUUCUUUUCUUCUUUAUUUCGAUUUUCUUUCUUUCUUUUCUUUCUUUCUUUCUUUCUUUCUUUCUUUCUUUCUUUCUUUCUUUCUUUUCCCUUCCGUUUUUUUUCUCUUUGUCCAUUCCUCUUCCUUUCUUCCUUACUUUUACUAAAUUUCGAUCGCCCUAUAGUUUUCUUUCUAUUAUUCUUUCUUUCUUUCUUUCUUUCUUUCUUUCUUUCUUUCUUUCUUUCUUUUUUCGUGUAUUUACCUCUAGCGCCUGA